AUGUACUUUCAUUGGAGUUAUUCAGGUGUACCAAUCGUAUUUGAAGGAUGGGUUGUCUACAGUCCUGGGUUAUACGCAUUUUCUAUAUUGAUGGUAUUUGCUAUCUGUCUCUUUUCAGAGUACUGGGCCUCAUAUAGACAUAGUUUAAAUAAUCCAAUUACAUCAGAGACUCAACCAUUAAUCAAUGGAACAAAAAAAACAUUUAAACAACAAUACAAUACAUUCCUCUCGAGUCAUUAUUGGAAGACUAUUGUGCACGUGAUUCAAUAUGCCAUCAAUUAUUUCAUAAUGUUGGUUGUCAUGUCAUUUAAUGCCGGUCUUGCAUUUGCUGUCCUAGGUGGUAUCGGAGUUGGUUACUUUAUGUUUGGUAGAAGAAGAGUUAUUAUUGAAGAAGAACUUUGUCAUUAA